AUGUCAAACAAUAUCAAAAGCAGUUUUGGGGUUGAGGUCGAACUUCUGAUCGGUAUUAGAAGGACAGGCCCAAUGAUGGCUACACCGCGAAUGUUUCAGUUAGCCAAGGGUAAGCCAAUCAUUCCCGAACCUGGCAAUACAACCACAGCAGUUGUUCAAAGACAAGUAGAAGAAGUUAUUCGCGUCGCUUUACAGGGACAUGAGGGAGAUCGUGUAAUUACCAAACCUGAAGAAUUGACUGACGCAGAGGGAAGUCAUUUGAGGCGGUAUACGGGUUGGGGUGUUGGGAGAGAUAUGAGCGUUAUGGCAUUUAACCUCGAACGCGACAUGACUGUGUAUGAUUGGCAAGACCUGGAAAUUACAUCCCCAGCGCUCUUCGCUACGGAAAAGUCUUUCGCCGAGGUUCAUCAUGUCCUGACAGCAAUUUAUAACAAUUUCUGGGUAUUUGCACCGGAGACCGCCGGCUUGCAUAUCCACUAUGGACGAGGCAAGGAAUGGGUACCAAUCCAUCAUCUGCGCCGAAUUGCUGCUUUCCUUUACGCUGCUGAUCCAAUCCUAACGCAGAUGCAUCCUCCUCAUCGCCGGGAAACAGAACGGAAUUAUUGCCCAAGUAAUCGGCACUAUAGCGUCUUAGCACAUGGCAUAUCAUCGGCACAGGCGGGUAGGUAUCUUGGAGUAGGCAACCUUGUAGAAGAACAUCAUGAGGAGGACCCAGGACCCAGUCCCCCUGGAUCAGCACCUGAACCUAAACCAGGGCAAGAAAAAGGUCCUAGAUUUACCCCUAUUUUUAAACGAGGUACUCUCGAGGGCUAUAAGUUUGAUAAGACUUACUUCACUUCAGGUGAACUUGAAUGGGCAGAGGGAGAAUAUCUACCAGGGCGGCAAGUAGAUAAAUCAUUGGAUAUCCAAACCGCCGUUCGGGAGCUCUUGUCUGCUCCAAGCAGUCCAGUAAUAUCUACCUUGAUGCAACACCGAAUUUUCCGCCGUUGCGCUUACAACUUCGCGGCUUAUAGCGUGGAGGCGUACGGGGCGGUACAGAUAUAUGGAGCAGGGCCCCUUCUCCGAGCGCAACCCAAGCGGACUAUUGAAUUUCGGCAAGCUACAGGUACAGUUAAUGCCGACGAGGUUGUCGCGCACGCCAGGAUAGCCGUACGCUUAUGUGAGUUCGCGUGUGAAACUGAUAUUAAUGCUCUGUGGAUCAUGAUAUUAGAUUUUCUACAAGCUGAGACACAACCAACCUGGUAUGACGUUUUUGAUCUGCUAUUUGAGCUCGGCCUGGCCAAUGAAGCGAAAGUUAUUCAGAGACAGAUGGCUAAACAGCGCGGGAUUGAAAUUGUAAAUGAAGAACUUGUCCUUGUCGACGAGCCCCUCACCCUCGAGGGUGCGGUAUGGCUUGUAUGUGAGUUUGCUGUAGACGUAGACUUAGAGGCCGAUGAUGAGGAGCCGACUAUUAAGCUAACAGGUGUGUCAUGA